GUGCGUCAGCUUUGAUUCCCGGGCUUCCUCUCCCUCGUUCUGUUUAUGUGUGACGGUUAUUACAAAACAAGCGACGACGCUGACAUAAGAAGGUUAGACACCGGAACUCAAAAGCCCGAGUCCGGUCAGACUGGGAGGAAAAAGGCGGAGACACGGACGGCAGAACUCUGGAGACGGGACCGAACCUACGCCUGAGUGAUCCGACGUUCAGCGGCUCGGUUCAACGCGAUCCACGACAACAAGGAGUUUCUGAUUAAGAGCGAUGAACGAGGACGCGUUCGAGGUCCCGGAUCGGGCCGAGUACCGGUACCUGGUGCAGGAGGAGGACGGGGACGAGGUGCAGUACGUCCGCCGCCGCCACUACGUCAGCCCGUUCCUGGUGCUGUCCAGACGCUGCAUCUUCCUCAUCUGCAUGGGCGUGCUCUCGCUGCUCGCCCUCGCCGGGUACCUGGCCCACGUGGCCCAGACGCUGCCGCCGGGCCUGGCCCAGGUGGCCACCAGCUGCGGACAGUUCAGAGGAAGAUACAAGGACGGCGCCUACUCCUUUAAGGGCAUGCGCUACGCCGCCCCGCCCGUCGGCGCCCGGCGCUGGGCUCCGACCCAGGAGCCGGUGUGCAGCGGCGGCGUGACGGACGCCGGCCACUUCGGCAGUAUCUGCCCCCAGGUGCGGCCGCUGGCGAGCACGGGGACGGUGACGGGCCGCGAGGACUGCCUGUUCAUCAACGUGUGGACGCCCAAGCUGUCCCCGGGCGCCAGCCUGCCCGUCAUGGUGUGGAUCCACGGGGGGUACCUGCACAUGCUCAGCGGGGGCGAGCCGGGCUACUCGCCCACGGAGAGGCUGGCGGCCGACACGAACCUGGUCUACGUCAGCUUCAACUACAGGCUCAACGCCUUCGGCUUCAUGGCGCUGGAGGCGCUGAGAGAGGGGUCUCCGACCGGAACCUCGGGGAACUACGGCUUCAUGGACCAGAUUGCGGCUCUGAAGUGGGUCCAGAACAACAUCCACGUGUUUGGAGGAGACCCAGGGAGGGUCACCAUCUUUGGACAUAGCUCAGGUGGGACGUCGGUGUGGACUCUGAUGACGUCGCCGCUGGCCAAGGGGCUGUUCCACGCUGCCGUGGACAUGAGCGGCUCGUACGCCUACAACACCAACCUGACACAGGCCGAGUCCGACAACAGGGUGUUCCUGGACAAGACGGGCUGCAGAAACGCGAGCUGCCUGAGGACGCUGUCAGUCGAACAGGUCCUAAAGGCCGUCCCAUGGCAGGGGUACCCGUCCUGGGCAGCGGACGACCUGACCGACCUCCCCACCAAGGGGGUGUUCAUCGGCCCCGUGGCAGUGGUGGACGGCCACGUCUUGGAAGCGCCACCUCUGGAGGUGUGGGACAAGAAGAGAAACCACAGUGACGUUCCGUUUGUCGUCGGGACCAUGGAGCAGGAGGUCGACUUCAGCCCGCUGCCCGGAAACAUCUCCACGUGGACCUGGAACGACUACAGCUGGUUCGUAACAGAAAAACUUAAGACCUUCAGUAGAGAUCUCCCCAAAGCAGCGCUGGACCUGUAUCCAUCCUCUGGACCCUGCCCCACUAGAGAACGCUGCCCAGAGUGGGCCUACACCACCAUGGCGUCCGACAUCCGGGUCACCUGCCCCAACAACGACCUGGCGGAGCGGGCUGCAGCGGCCCUCCACAGCCCGGUGUAUCGCUACGUGGUGAACUACACGCUGUCGGGACCCGUCAACUCAUCAGGCGACCUGCUGCCCUUCCCCAGCCGCUUCUCCUUCCACUGUCUGGACAUCCUGGCUUUCUUUGGAAGCCUGGACUUCACCCUGGGGAAGCCUCCGUCCGAUCAGGACCUGAGUUUCCAGCGUCUCAUCACUCACCACCUGGUCAACUUCGCAAGAACAGGUAAGAUGGAGAAGGAGUGGCCUGAGUACCCAUCAGCCACUGCUUUGCUGUCCGACCACCUGACUGCGGCCCAAAACUACUCGGCUGAGAGGUGCAGGCUGUGGAAGGAGAACGGCCUGUACGCCUACGCCUGGAUGAACUGAGACUCUCACUGACCUCAUCCAUCCGAAAUCCUGCAGCAGCCGCUCGGUGUUGGUACGGCUGCGACGACAAGCUCGUCAGAAACACAACAUUUAUCUGGUUUGAACUUCUCUUUGAAAUGUAUGCUUAAAGCCUUUACCUGCUGUUGCGUCUGUCCUACGGUAACGGUAAACCACUUCCUGCUGAAUAACGUAAAGGUCACAGCAUUGAAACAUAAUUUACUGUAACAAAGAGUCCUGGCUGCAGUGUUUUUAACAGACACCAGAGGAGCCGUAAAUGUGAGAAAGCAGAGAGAGCCGGCAGCCCAGCCGCAACUCCCACGUCCCUCCACCAGAGGGCAGUGCUCUGCCCAGUUUGUCUCUGGGCACAGAACCGGGCCUGCUGGUCACGGAUACGGGGCCCACAAGCCACGGGCUUCAUCAGCAGGUGGAUCAGUAACUGAUGGUGUCGCAGGCUGUUUUCACCGACGAUUAAACUUCGUUUCUAGUAUUUUAGGCGUUUUGGACGGAGCCGCCAGGUGACGCGACGUCUACAUUCAGGGAAGUGAAUCAAUGUGACACAUGCAUGUGACUUUCGUUUUUUUUUUAUUUUUUUUUUUAUCGUGUGUGCUCACUUUUUGCACUAAUUCAUAACGCCAGCAUUCACCACUAAAUGCCUUUUCUUUAUGUGUUUGAUUCUGUUUUGCUGAAUCGUUUGGUUUUAUGUUGAGCCGACCUCAUUCUGUGUAAGCUUAGCUUCACUUAACAGGUUUUUAUUGUUUGACUGCUGUGAACCUUAAUUUCUGUGUUCCUAAUAAAUUGGUAGGAAACAAAUGAA